CUGGAUGUCUGGAUCGCGGCCACCACGAGAUAGAUCUCGUUCGAUCGGGAAACGGGGUUGCGCGAUGCAUCGCUGAGAAAGUUUGCUCGGUCUCGAUCUCGGUCGAGGGAAUCGCGCGUCUCAGGGGCGCGAUAAGAUGUAAGGGUGAAUCGAGGGGGGGCGAACAGACGAAGACGAAGAAAUGACGCGAUACGAUAGGAGGCUGUUGUUACUCUCGAUCCUCGCGAUAGCGUGCGUGGUGUUGGCGGCCGAGGGAAGGCACCUCCACGAGAGCACCGCGUACGACGCGAGGCACAGGCACAGGCACAGGCACGAGCAGCCCUCCUCCUCGAGCGGGAGGAGGAAUCGUCAUGACCUCGUGGAAAACAGGCGAUCGUCCUGGCCGCAGGAGCUCGACCGCUACGACCAGGACGACUCGUUCCUCGAGCGGGACGAUCGGGUGGACGAGGGGGGGGACGAGGAGAGGAGGAAGAGGAGGAAGAAGGUGGAGGAGGAGGACGAGGAUGAAGAGGAGGAGGAGGAGGAGGAGGAUGAUUACGAGGCUCGCUCCUCGUAUCAUCACGAGAGAUCCUAUCCCCGGAUCUCGAGGAUCCAACACGGCGGCCGGAUGUUGGAACCGCCGCGUUACCCGCCGCCCCCCAGGUAUCGUCGAGGCGGUUAUCGCGAGGCGGGCGGCUGGUACCACGAGAACGAGAACGAGAGGCAUAGAGCGUCGGUCGCCCCCCGAUACGGCGAUCGAAGCCACUCGAGGUAUUCGAAGCUGUUCGAAGACAGGGCUCGACGAAAGUUGUCCGGCUACUCGCCGAGAAGUCGCGGCGAGUCGGAUUAUUACGAGGACGAGGUCGAUUACGACUCGGUGAGGCCGAGUAGUCGCGACUACAACGAGGAGAACAUCCUCGAGAAGCAUCGAUCCUGGUGGAAGAACGUGGUGGGCAGGAAGCGCAGGAAGCUCUCGAGCUGGCGGCCCAACGACGGUCGAAGAAAGAGAUACCGGCAUCCCGAGGGCGGUGCGACGACGAGGAGGCACGACGACUCGAUUCGAAGGAGGUUCAAUUCCACUGCCCGCUACUCGAAAACCGAUGAGAGAAAGAGAACCGGUUAUUUCGGUGACUACGAGUAUCGCGGCGUAGACGAGGUCGACGACGUCGGCCGCGACGACGACGACGAGCAGGAAGAGCAGGAGGAAGAGGAGGAGGAGGAGGAGGAGGAGGAAGAGGAAGAGGAGGAGGAGGAAGACGAUGGUUGGAAGGAGGAGGAGGACGAGGGAUACGUGGACGACAAGGAUAACGACGAGGAACGAAACGCGAGGGAAGAGGAGGAGAACGAGGACGAGGAGGAGGAGGAGGAGGAAUUCGACAAUGAUUUCUACAAGAGCGAGAAGAAGAAGAAGAAGAAGAAAUCACCGUUGAAAACUUACGACGAGAUCAUCCGGAAGUUAACGUCCGACGACCCGACCACCCCGAGAUCCGCGAUCAAGAGGGAUUACAGGAACAUCCAGAUGGAGAAGUACGCGAGACGCGACGGAUCGUUGGCCAAUUUCCGAUACGAGCCCAAGAAUCUGACCAGGCCGUUGCUUUCCCGAGUAUACGGGAAAAACUCGUCCGGUUAUUAUCACCAAUCUGCACGCGCGUCGAACGAAAAUUUAGCCGGCUAUCUGUCCACCGGUUCGCUGGUGGAGCGUAAACCGACAAAGAGCGGCGGCACGGUGGAGAACAAUGCCAGAUCGUCGAAGAUGGACGAUACUCAACCGAAGACCAAGAGUCUGGAGCAGGAUUACGACGAGUAUCUGAACACGUCGGACAACGAGAAGGAAGAGGAAGACGGGAUCAAGGCUGGGGGAGUCGAGGAGGACACGGGCACGCAAGCGGACGUCGCUAAUACGGACUACGCCGAGGACGAGGACGAGAACGAAGACGAGAGCCCAGCCUCGACCACCCUGUCGAGGAUGACGUCGAGCAGCAGCACGACGACCACCACAACGACCACCACCACCACAACCACCACGGCCAGACCUGUGGUUACGCAGAAUUACGAUUAUGGGGGUCCGAGAGCGUACGAGGGUGGUGGGACAGGAGCGCAGUACAACGGGUACCAAUCGAGAAACGACUAUCCCCCGAUGUCGGCGCACAGCGUUCACAAGUGGCAGACUCUGGGCACUCGAGAGAGCGUCAAAGAAACCAGGAGCAACAUGCAGCAAUAUAAUAAGAGCGGGAAGACGGCGGAGAUCCGAGAGGCUCUUCAACACGCGAUCAAAGUGUCGCGGGAGGGGAGCUGCCAGUGGCCACGGCCGAGGGUGAUUCCAGUUCGCGACGUGUACCCGAGCCCGUCGACCACCUACGUCCCGCACUGCGCCAUCUUGCACAGAUGCUCGGAUGACACAGGGUGUUGCAGGUCGGAAGCCCUCACCUGCGUGCCCAAACACUCGCAUCGAGUCGAGCUUUCCUUCUACACCACGAACGUGGGUGGCGGCAGCGUGGUGGAGAAGCUGUCUUUCUACAAUCACACGGAAUGCGAGUGCCGAGAGAGGACCGAAUACGACGCGAGCAACGAGAAAUCGGUGGAGCACAGAGUGUACAGGCACCAUCAGUCGCAACCUCAAAACAUGAGAAGGGCACAGCCGAGAAAACCGUGCCGGUGUCCCUCGGAAUUCACACCGAGGAUCACCGUGGAUGGCGUGUGCCAGUGCAACUGCUACGAGAACCGUCAAAACUGUAUCAAGAUCAGACGAGGGAAAGGUUACUUCUCUCUCGCCGACAGAUUGUGUAUACAAAACGAAGAGUGCGCGAUGCCUAGCUGUGAGUUUGGUGAAUACAUGAGGCGACAAGGCAAGUGUCCCCGGAAAAAGGACAAAUUCGACACGAUUGUUAAUCAUUACACGAACCAUCACCGGUACAGGAGCUAGAGGGAGGUAGGAGGAGCGAGAACAAAUCGUGCCAGUGGAGGAAGAGGAGGAACGUGAUGAAAAAAACGUGCGAGAGCGCGACGAAUAAUCAACGGUGCCAUUUUCCUUUCCGAGUGCCUUUUGCGGAAGACUCGAUAUAUACAUAUGUAUAUGUAAUAAUACUCUUCGAACCAAUUUACACGUAUUUCCAUCCCGGACCUUACCGCCAUUAUAUCCCUAUUUUUCUACUACUAUCGUACUUGUAACGUCGAAAUCGAGAAGAAGAGGUACAUUGAUCGAAACGGCUCGACGAAACGCGAAGAUUCGUCGAGUGAUUCGAGAUUACCGCGCCCCUUCGUCUUAAUUCUCUCUUCUGUCUUCCUUUGAUAUUUCGACCAGUGAAAUUUCAGAACCCGAGUUUCGAUUCAAUGGACUCGAAACGUGUCGAAUCAUCUUUCGAUCUUGUAAAUCGUGAAUAAUCGUGAUCUGCUCGGCUUAUUAUAAGUUGAAAACUCGUUACAGAUCUGAGAGAUGGAAUUACUCUUGAUAUAAUAAUAAUAAUAGACUCUAUUGUCAUAGGACGACGAGCCUAGUCCGAGAUCCUGUCUCCAUUCUGCGCCAGACGAUUCCCCUCGAGAGUUCGAUGAACUUAUACAGUCAAUCGCCCGUGCGAAGGACACCGACGGUCGUAUACCAAAGCGAGGAAAUAUAGUAAACGCGAGAAGUAAUUGCGCGCAAACUUAACGUAAAUCUCUCGAUAUUCUCCUACGAUUUUAUGUUCACGCGUAAAUGUGCAAGGGAUAUUCGUGUUCAUCGACGAGCAAAUCGAAAAAAGCGAAAAACGAACGAUACGAACACGAGAGAUAUAAAUAACUUUUUUCUUUCCCGAUGAACCCAUCGUAGGAUCAUCGCCUAUCUGUACAGAUGAUGGAUCUUGCGAGUAUACGAGAUAAGAAUAUUGUAUUUAAGUAUACGAGAAGAGAAAGAAGAGAAAAGAAAAGAAAGGAAGUAAAAAGUACCCGAUGCAUCCUUCGAAUCGUGAGUGUUUUCGUAUCGUAUUCUCUUAAUCGUGUUUUCUACGCUUUAUUAUCGUAGUAUGUACUUAUGUACUUACGUAUGUAAUAGCCAACUUAAUCGUGAAACCGAUUUGACAGCUUGCCCAUCAUUUACGAGCCAAUCGAAACAUCGUGUACAAUUGUGUAUAGAUCUACGUUUUAAGAUUUUACUUGCAUUGAUUUUUCACUUUCGAUACUUUUAUGCACGUUCAUUUUCAUAUUAUGCGAAACAUGAAACAAGAUACAAACUCGGCUACGGAUGGCGUUCAAUCGUGUCAUUUCCCGCGCAAUCAACAAUUUUUUUUUAAUUUUGAUCUAUGAUUCAAUGUAUGUACGUGAUAAGUCAAAGGCGUUCUUUCAUUUUUUUCUGCCUAAUUUUCUACUAUCAAUCGUGAAAAUGUACAGAACGCCGUUUAACAUUCAGCUUGCUGUUGUACUCGCUACCAAUUCUAGCCAAUAUACAUAUAUGUAUACAUAUAUAAAUAUAGACGUAGUCAAUAAAUCAAUAAAGUUGUAUAAAAAGA